AUGGUGAAGAUGACAUUGAUAGCUCGUGUUACUGACGGGUUGCCUCUAGCAGAGGGACUCGACGAUGGACGUGACUUACCAGAUUCCGACAUGUAUAAGCAACAGGUCAAGUCUCUGUUCAAGAAUCUCUCCAGAGGUCAUAACGAAGCUUCAAGAAUGUCUGUUGAAACUGGCCCCUACGUCUUCCAUUACAUCAUAGAAGGACGUGUUUGCUACUUGACAAUGUGUGACCGCUCUUACCCUAAGAAACUGGCGUUCCAAUACCUGGAAGAUCUCAGGAAUGAGUUUGAACGUGUCAAUGGACCUAACAUUGAAACAGCUGCUCGACCUUAUGCCUUUAUUAAAUUUGAUACCUUCAUACAAAAAACGAAGAAACUGUACCAAGACACUCGUACGCAACGAAAUAUAGCUAAGUUGAAUGAUGAACUCUAUGAGGUCCAUCAGAUAAUGACGCGGAAUGUGCAGGAAGUCCUUGGUGUUGGUGAAAAGCUGGACCAGGUGAGCGAGAUGUCGAGUAGGCUAACAUCUGAAUCUCGUAUAUAUGCUGAUAAGGCUAAAGAUUUGAACCGUCAGCACUUACUCUUCGCGGUUGUACUCUCCGAGGUCGCGGUGAUACUCGCGCUCUCUUUCAAAACCCCGAUUCGGAAGCUUCUGAUCAUGAGUCUCGAUCGCGCGAAGCGCGGACGUGGACCGGUGGUGGUCCAGACCGUUUCCGUUACGGUUUGCGUGGUUCUGGUGGCGAGUGUGUACAGUAUGAUGAAGAUCCAGAAGCGGUGGAUCGAGGAAGGUGCAAUGAACCCGACGGAUGAGGUUUUAAUGUCUAAACAUCUCCUUGAAUCGACUCUCAUGGGUGGGUUUCUUUUCCUUGGGCUAAUGAUAGACAGGCUGCACCACUACAUGAGAGAGCUACGCAUGAGAAGGAAGACAAUGGAAGUUAUAAAGAAGGAAGGAUCGGUUUUGGAAGGUGAGAAAGCCAGAGCUUCAGAGGAAGUCAAAAGCUUGAAACAAGAAAUCACAUCUCUUCAGGAAAGACAAAAGCAGCUGGAGUCUGAGAUCGAAACAAAGUCUAAAGAAAUCCGUACUGAAGAAACAAGUGGAAUUGCACUACAAAAGCAAUCUGAAGGGUUCCUGAUUGAGUUUAACCGGUUGUCUGAGGAGAACCAGGAUCUUCGAAACCAAUUGCACGCUGUGGAUUCAAGAAUUUCUCGUUCAAGCAUCAAGAAGAAUACUUGA